UUUCCGUAACUAUGGUUCGCUUGGUCAGUUGCCCCGUACCGCCCGGUACAGCCUUCAAUAACCGUCUGUAUGAGCUGCCAUGACAGCUUUCGUGUUCAAUGAAAGACCAGUGUUAGGGUAAAUGCUUAAAAAAUAUUAGCUUUGUUACUGUGGGAGACAUUAGUGAAGACUAAGACGCGUAGGGACGUUGUAAGCGGUUGACUAAGAGGAGCGGAGCCAAACAGUACACUACCAAAAUGGCAACCCCCUAUGUCACAGAUGAAUCUGAUCAGUGAAGCGUUUGACAUCAGAGGGUACUAUGAAUUGGAGCGUUUAGUUAAGACACUGGAUUUAGGGAAAUACAUCGCUGCUACGCAGCGGCCUGACGGGACAUGGAGGAAGCCGAGACGGGUGAAAGAUGGUUACGUGCCCCAGGAGGAGGUCCCUGUGUAUGAAAACAAGUAUGUCAAGUUCUUCAAGGGCAAACCAGAGCUGCCCCCGGGCCUCAGCCAAUCAGACAAAGCGCAGCAGCAGCAGCAGAAGGUCCCCGGCAGCGGGGACGGCGACACGGCCGGCCUCUCCAAGUCCGCCAAACGCAACAUGAAGCGCAAAGAGAAACGGAAACAGCAGCAGGACCAGGGCCCGGACCCGGACCAGGACCAGGACCAGGACCAGGGCCAGGGCCAGGACGGUGACGCGGAGGUGGAGGCGGCGAGCGGCGCCAUGGAGAACGUGUCCAUCUCGGAAAGGGGCAAGACGGAGGCGCCGGGCCCCGAUGACUCUUCAGCAGCGGCGGCCGAAAAGGCCAAAAAGAUCAAAAACCUGAAAAAGAAGCUACGGCAGGUGGAAGAGCUGCAGCAGAAGUUGGAAUCGGGGGAAAUAAAGGAGCCAACAAAGGAUCAGCUGGAAAAGCUGGGCCGGGCCAAGGCCCUGCAGGAGGAGUUAAAGCAGAUGGAGCUGGAUUCUUGA